AUGGAAGGAGUUCAAAGAUAUUUUAAACUAGAUAGGUCUCGUCAAGAUGACUUCCUAUAUCCACUUAUCUUUCAGGAGUAUAUUUAUGCACUUUCUUAUGAUCAUGGUUUAAACAGAUCUAUUUUGUUGGAAAAUGUGGGUUAUGACAAUAAAUCCAGUUUACUAAUUGUGAAACGUUUAAUUACGCGAAUGUAUCAACAGAAUCAUUUGAUUUUUUCUGAUUCUAAUCAAAAUCCAUUUUUUGGACACAAUAAGAAUUUUUAUUCUCAAAUGAUAUCAGAGGGAUUUGGAGUCAUUGUGGAAAUUCCAUUUUCCCUACGAUUAGUCUCUUCUCUAGAAGGUAAAGAAAUAGCAAAAUCUCAUAAUUUACGAUCAAUUCAUUCAAUAUUUCCUUUUUUAGAGGACAAAUUCCCACAUUUAAAGUAUGUGUCAGAUAUACUAAUACCCCACCCCAUCCAUCUGGAAAUCUUGGUUCAAGCCCUUCGUUACUGGGUGAAAGAUGCCUCUUCUUUGCAUUUAUUACGAUUCUUUCUACACGAGUAUCAUAAUUGGAAUAGUAUGAUUACUCCAAAGAAAUCAAUUUCCAUUUUUUCAAAAAGGAAUCAAAGAUUUUUCUUAUUCCUAUAUAAUUUUCAUGUAUGUGAAUACGACUCUAUCUUCAUUUUUAUCCGCAAUCAAUCUUAUCAUUUACGAUCAACAUCUUAUGGAGCCCUUCUUGGGCGAAUAUUUUUCUAUGGAAAAAUAGAGCAUUUUGUCGAAGUCUUUGCUAAUGAUUUUCAGACAAUCUUAUGGUUGUUCAAGAAUCCUUUCAUGCAUUAUGUUAGGUAUCAAGGAAAAUCCAUUCUGGCUUCAAAAGGGGCGCCUCUUCUGAUGAAUAAAUGGAAAUAUUACCUUGUCAAUUUCUGGCAAUGUCAUUUUUACGUGUGGUCUCAACCAGUAAGGAUCCAUAUAAACCAAUUAUCCAAGCAUUCCCUCGACUUUCUGGGCUAUCUUUCAAGUGUGCGACUAAAUCCUUCAGUGGUACGGAGUCAAAUGCUAGAAAAUGCAUUUAUAAUAGAUAAUGCUAUUAAGAAGUUCGAUACUAUAGUUCCAAUUAUUCCUAUCAUUGGAUCGUUGGCUAAAGCGAGAUUUUGUAAUGCCUUAGGGCAUCCCAUUAGUAAGCCGUCCUGGGCCGAUUCAUCAGAUUAUGAUAUUAUCGACCGAUUUGUGCGUAUAUGCAGAAAUAUUUCUCAUUAUCACAGUGGAUCCUCAAAAAAAAAGAAUUUGUAUCGAAUCAAAUAUAUACUUCGACUUUCUUGUGCUCGAACUUUGGCUCGUAAACACAAAAGUACUGUACGUGCUUUUUUGAAAAGAUUAGGGUCGGAAUUUUUGGAAGAAUUCCUUACAGAGGAAGAACAAGCUCUUUCUUUAAUCUUACCAAGAGUUUCUUCUACUUCGCGAAGCUUAUAUAGGGGACGUUUUUGGUAUUUUGAUAUUAUUUGUAUCAAUGAUCUAGCCAAUCAUGAAUAA